AUGGUUUUCUUCACAGUGAUCUUCGGAACGAUUCUUUUUGUGAUGUUACUCACAAAACUCCUUCAACCAAAGCCCAAAAGUCUUCUGGGACAAGUUGUGUUAAUAACUGGCGGCGCCAAUGGUUUAGGAAAGCAAUUAAGUAAAAGAUUCGCUAAGCUCGGUUGUAAAAUCGCAAUUGCUGAUUUAGACAUCGAAAACGCCAAAAAGACCGUAGAAGAGCUCAAAGCUUAUGGAUGUACUGGCGGAGCUUUUGCCUACAAAACUGACGUUUCUUCCUUAAGCGAUAUCGAAAAUCUUAGAACUUGUAUCGAGCGAGAUUUGGGCCCAGUGGAUAUGGUAGUUAACAACGCUGCGAUCCUCUAUUGCAAAUCCAUUGAAGAAGAAAAUCCAAAAGUACUUCAAAAGUUAAUGGAUGUUAACACUAUGUCACUUUUCUGGACGACUCGAGUUUUCCUUCCGGGCAUGAAAGAACGGAAACGAGGACAUAUUGUCGCAGUUUCUUCCGCUACCGCUCUUUUAGGUGCGCCAAAGCUGCAUGCCUAUACAGCUUCAAAGUUCGCCGUUCGCGGAUUUAUGGAAGCUUUGAAGGUAGAUCUAAGUGUUGAAGGACACAGCGACUACAUACACCAGACAACAGCUUAUCCAUGGUGGAUUGAAACUCGCGAGUAUGUAAAUCAAUUCACGGAACAAGUGUUCAAAUAUUGUUUCAAACUAAAGCCGGAAUAUGUGGCGAAAAUGAUCGUUGAAGGUGUGAUGCGAAACGAAAGGGACGUCACGAUACCGGGAGCUUUGUUUUACUUGGGAUACUUGAUAAACGUGUCGUACUUAACAAGUCUCUACAUGAAAUUCAUGGGAGUCAAUACGAAAGAGGAAUUGAUUAAUAAGAAACGACAACAACACGAUCAACAUUGUAGCAAAAAGUUCCUUUUACCUGCGAUAGCCGCAAUUCAUCAGCAACAAUAG